AAAACUCAUGUUGCAUAUUUUAUUGUCUCCCCUAUAAUUGAAAAACCUACAAAUACUUAUACGUCACUUAAAUUUGAGCAAUUCUCUCCAUAAAUUCCCACCCCACAAGGCCACAACAACAAUUAAAGAAACAAAAAUUAAGUGAGAUUAUACAUACAUAUACACCCCUAGUUACCUAGAUCCAUUCCACUAAUUAAAAGGAAACAAACAAAGAAGAGAAGUAAAAAAAUAGUUAGAGAGAAAUACAUAAAGAUGAGUGAAGAAUGUGGUGGUAACACUAUUGCUACAUCUACUACACCAUUAAAUUGGUGGUAUCUUCAAGCUUCAAAUUCUCUUUCUUCUAAUUGGAAUGAUGUUAAUAAACAUGCAUGGAACAAUCAAAUAAAUAAUCCUAAUUCUUCCUCUUCUUGUGAGGAUCAAGAUAUAUCUGUUUCUUCUACAUCAUUCACGAAUGCUUCCAAUCAUUCAAGUCUCACCGUUGAAUCAUCUCGAAGAGUGUUCGUUGAGCCGCAUGCACCACCUUCCUCCAACGACUUCAUGGCCGAACAUGCUUCGGAUAACCAACUUUGGAGUCAUGUUCUAUCAGGUGUUGGAUCAAAUGGAGAGUUACACAACAACCAAGAAAUUGGAGAGAAUUUCUUAGAUGGACUUGCAUCAAAAACCAUGACAAACACUAUGUUUGACCAACCAGCUUGUGAUUAUUUGAAGAAACUUGAUACAACAAAUUGGGAAUAUACCAAUGGUUCAACUUCAUUCAACACUAAUUUUGAGAAGCACUUAAAUGGAUAUAGUGAAGCUCUAAUUGAGAAUAAUGAAAGGUUGACAAAAUUAUCCAAUCUUGUUAGCACUUGGUCUAUUGCCCCACCUGACCCUGAAGUUAGUAGCCACUUUGAUCCACAAACAAACAAUAAUAUGUCAAAUAAUUUGAAUAAUUCUUCAUCCAAUAUGGAUAAUCACUUUGAAUCUGACCCUAAUUGUCAUUUCAAACAAUUACCUUUUGGAGAUUCAACAUCAUGUACUAUUGGAGGAGUAGGUAAUAAAAUGUUCCCUAAUUUUCAUGAUCAAGACAUGAAUAAGGUUAAGCAAGAAUUUAAUCAUCAUGCAAGUGAAGUGAUGCAACAAGGACAUGUAUUUGGAAAAUCAUUUAAUCCAAAUGGUUAUCUUGAUGGAUUCAAUAAUAGACUUAAUUCAAUGGGAGAUAGCAAUAAUGGAAAAUUUUAUCAAGGGUUGCCAAAUAUUUCACCAUGCACAAAAACUUUCUCAGAUGUUAUAUCUUUUAAUAGUAGGUUUGGAAGGCCAAUUCUUGGAAUCCAUGCACAAAGGCCUAGCAUGAAAUACUCAAACUUAUCUGAGUUAAAGAAGCAAAGCCUUCAGACACCAUCACAUAUGAGAAAUAGUAAUGGAAGAGGAGAAGGAACAACACGUGAAGUAAAAAAGAAAAGAUCUGAAGAAUCAUCAGAAGCAAGUUUGAAGAAACCUAAACAAGAUCCAUCAACAACAAAUUCAUCUUCAAAGGUGCAAGCACCUAAAGUCAAGCUAGCAGACAAGAUCACAGCCCUUCAACAAAUUGUGUCUCCAUUUGGAAAGACAGAUACAGCAUCUGUGCUGUUUGAAGCAAUAGGGUACAUAAAGUAUCUUGAAGAACAAGUCCAGUUAUUAAGCAACCCAUACUUGAAGGCAAAUUCACACAAGGACCCAAGGGGAAGCUAUUUUGAUAGAAAAGAUAAGGAAGAUGCAAAGAUGGACCUUCGAAGCAAAGGUCUAUGUUUAGUUCCAACUUCAUGUACACCUUUAGUUUAUAGAGAGAACACUGGACCAGAUUACUGGACACCAGCAUAUAGAGGAUGUUUGUAUAGGUAAAAAAAGAAAAAAUAUGGAUGUCUUAUGCUAAAAAUAGUAUGUGGCUGUAUGAAUUUUAAUUUGCUAUAAUCUUGGAAAAUUGUAUGGUUUAGUGAAUAAAACAUCAUAUCAUCCUAAAUGUAACUAUAUAUUGUCUUGGUGAAAUGCCAUCUUGUUGGAACAAGUUUAGAAUUUGGAGGGAA